AUGGAGAAUAUCGACCGAUUCGGAUCUACAUCAACAAAUUCCGAGGUUGAAGACGGAUUAGGAUCUACUUCAACUGGAUCUACUUCAACUGGAUCGAUUAUGGAUGAUCUUACUAAUCUAGGAGGAUCUCUUUUUGACACGGAUUCUGAUUCAGAUUUAGAGCCAGAAUUAGAUAAUACCACAGUUGAAGUGUCAUACCUACCUGACUGUCCAUCCCAACUAAAGCCCUAUGUAGGACAGAUUUUUCCUAAACUUGAUGAUGCUACCGAGUUCUAUAAUAAGUAUGCACGGUAUGUUGGGUUUGACACUCGUAAACAUGGAUCAAAGAAGGAGGGGGAUCUUGUCACAUGGUUAUAUGUUGUGUGUAGUAGAGAAGGUGAGAAGAAAAAUAAAAUGCAAGGGCAGUCAAAACGAAGACGAUCUUCUAGGAAGUGUUUUUGCAAGUCUAAAAUUGGGAUUAAGUUUUCUAAGGGAAUUGGUUAUGUUGUCAAACAGUUUGAAGAAAAACAUAAUCAUGAUAUGGUUGAGGGACGCCAUAGGCGAUUCAUGAGGCUGAAUCGCAACAUUGAUCUAAUGCAUCAGAAAUUUAUAUUAGAUUGUGCAAGUGCAAACAUAGGUCCUACGUUGACUUUUAAGUUGCUGAAUGAGGUUCUUGGUGGGCUGGAUUAUGUUGGGUGUACGGUUGUAGAAGUUCGAAACUAUAGGCGCGACUUGAGAGCAUUUACUCGUGGGGCAGAUGCACAGAUGAUACUUAAUGAAAUGAGCCGAAAGAAGGAGAAUUGUCCGGCAUUCACUUAUGAUUUUGAGGUGAACUCCAAAGAUAGGCUCACUCGUCUUUUCUGGUGUGAUCCCAUUGCUAAGAAGAAUUUCCAUCUCUACGGUGAUAUAGUAUCGUUUGACACAACCUAUUCAACUAAUAGGUACUGCAUGAUAUUUGCACCGUUCACAGGAAAAGACAACCAUGGAAGACCUGUAACAUUUGGUGCAGGCUUAUUAUCUAAGGAAAAUGCCGAUUCUUUCUCAUGGUUGUUUGAACGUUUUGUCAAAUGCAUGGGUUCUGCACCAAAAUUGAUUAUUACUGAUCAGGAUUUGGGAAUGAAGGUUGCUGUGGAAAGAGUCCUUGUUGAUACAAGACAUCGAUGGUGCAUGUGGCACAUCAUGUUUAAAGUUGUGGAAAAGUUACCAAAGAGUCAACUUGGUAAUGAAGAUUUGAAAAAGGAGUUAAAUAGUUGUGUUUGGUCUGAGUUGAUAGAGCCUGAAGAAUUUGAAGAAUCCUGGAAUAAUGUAAUGGAAAAAUAUGGGCUUAAGGACAAUGAGUGGUUUACCUCUAUGUUUGACUCACGAAAAUAUUGGGUUCCUGCAUAUUUUAGGGAUUUUCCAAUGAGUUCACUGAUAAAGACCACAUCUAUAUCUGAAUCUCAGAAUAUAUUCUUCAAGAGGUACUCCAAGUCUCGAUCUAAUCUUGUUGAAUUUCUUAUGUAUUACAACAAUGCAUUGGAUGGUCAAAGGAGCAACAAUAAUAGGCUUGAAUACUUGGAUUUUAACACAAUUCCAACUUUGAAAACAAAUUCGGCUCUUGAGAAGCAUGCAUCAACAAUUUAUAGUGACAGUGGUUUCAAACUAAUUCAGAGUGAGAUUGAGGAAGCAGUCGAUAAUGUCACCAUGGUGACAGUGUCAACUGUUGGUGAGAAUGAGAUUUAUGUGUUGAAUGAUAAGUUCUCAAAGAACUGGACAGUUUCAUACUCAAUUUCUUGUGGUUCAUAUGCAUGUGGUUGUAAGAUGUUUGAGAGGCUUGGGCUCGUUUGCAGUCACAUAUUUUGGAUCUUGAGAAACAAAAAAUUGAAGUUAGUCCCUGAUGAGUUGCAUGGAGGACGCUGGUUGAAGUCUAAAUUUGUCAAGCCUGUGCAUUUUGGUUUUGAUGAUAAUAUUGAGUCAUUUAUUGCUGUGGAUGAGACGAAGCAGGAAUACAGUGAUAUGCAUGCAGAUUUUUAUGAUAUUGCACGGCUUAUAGAGGGAGAUGGUGAUAAAAUUCGUGCAUUUAGACAUAUUAUGGCUGAAGGGAAAAAAGAAGUACUUGGUGAGGGAAAUGUAUUGUCUAUAAGUGCAAAGAGACAGAUGAUUGAGAAUUUUUAUGGCUCAGAAGUCCCUAGUGAAAUAGAAGUUCAUCCACCUGAUGUUGUCAGCACCAAGGGUUCUGGUCGACGUCUUUCACGACUUGAGAAAGAAAUAAGAGAGUUGUCGAAGCCUGGAAGGAAAUGUGGCAAAUGUGGCGAGAUUGGUCAGCAUGAUUCAAGGAAUUGUGACAAGAUACAAGAGUUGAAGAAGAAGAAAAAGAGGAAACAACAAUGUUGA